AUGGUCAAUUUCCCAAUUUUAUUUUUCAUCUCCUUUUGUUUAUCUUCAUUGCUUCUCUUUCUCUCUCCUCCUCUCUCUUUCUCUCUCUUUCUCUCUCCUCCUCUCUCUUUCUCUCUCCUCUCUCUCUUUCUCUCUCCUCCUCUCUCUUUCUCUCUCCUCCUCUCUCUUUCUCUCUCUCUCUCUCUCUCUUUUUCUCUCUCUCUCUUUCUCUCUCUCUCUCUUUCUUUCUCUCAUAUACUCUUCUGGAUUCUUUAUUUUCCUUUUCUUAAGCUCUUUUAUUUAGCUUCCUCCUUUCUUGUAAUAUCUGAAGGUUCAGUUCUUUCUUUCUUCCACCUCCCCCUCCCUGCUUUGUUUAACUUUUCUUUCUCUCCUUUUGAUUUGCAAUUCAUCUUCACACCUUCAGUCAUCUAUGGCAUUGUCUUCUUUCAAGCAUCUACAUACACUGUCUCUUUUUUCUCUUCUCUCUCCCACUUAUUACUUCAUUUCUUUAUUCCUUUCAUUAUGAUUAAUGAACCCCAAUUUCUUUUUAUUUUCCUUCUUUUUCCUUUUUUCCUUCUUUUUCUCUUUUUCCUUCUUUUUCUCUUUUUCCUUCUUUUUCUCUUUUAUACUGUUGUUUUUUUCCUUGUAUUUCUUUGUUUAAUCUGGUGUUUCGAGCCUUCCUUGUUGACAGCAGUUGCUCUCCUGGGAAUGACUUUGAGCCUUGUUGACUUUUUGGUUCCUCUGCUGUCUUCUUUUUAUGGGCCUGAAUCCUGGACUGUGAUAGAAGAGCAACAAUUUGAGCAAAUAUGUGAACGGAUUAUGCAUGUGAAGGACCAUUUUAUCAAUGCUAGAGACGUAAUGAUCUCACUCAAAGAAGAGAAACCCAAAGUGUUUUUCGCAGUAACCAUGGGGUUGAUGUCCUUUCUGGCAUGGCUUGGUAGUCUGAUCAACAACUUGGUGCUUACAUAUCUUUUGGCAAACUUUCUGGUUCUUUUGCCUGGAUUGCGCAAACACCAACAAAGAAGUCCUAAAGUGGCACUUGAACCUGUCCACCUGUUUGCCGUUUUCAAGAGCAUCAUGACAGCAGAAUGUUUGAUCAAAGAGAGAUAA